GUUUUCUAAUCAGGACUGAUAGUUUGUUUGGUUUUAUGACGAGUUACGAUUGUGAGUUCAAUAUAUCUUCGUGCCGUUAGUGAAGAACAUGAAGAACUUAUAUUGGUAGUAAUAUAUGCUAAAAGUUACUCUAUUUUAACUGUAUGAUUUGUGCACCGUUUAUGUUUUCAUAUGCAGUUUACAAGUCUGAUAUAGGUGUGUAUUCAAUGUGAAGAGAUAUAUAAAUAAUCUUAACUGCUGUUUUAGGUUGGUCGCUUUUUACAUUAACUUCAAUAUUUCCAUGCAACUAAACAUAUUACUGUGGAAGUAGAUAACGUGUCCUAUGUAAUUCACAUUUAUAUUUGAUAUGUUUGUCUUUUUGCUAACAGUAUGACAAAGUGGUUUAAUAAUUAAUAAUUUAAUAUACAUAAUUUCUUCAGUUUUAGGAUAUUUCAAACAUGUCUAGUCGUGAGGCUCCAGCAUCCAUUUCAGCUAUUCGUAAUCCAAACAGUCAGCUUGCUGGUCUACCACCUAGACCUCCUCUUUCAGAUGCCGCUUUGUUUUCUUUGAUUUUAACUGUUCGGGAGGCUGGUCGGCGUUUAGCAAUGAGUGAUUAUGCCAUCGCCACAGCUUGCACAAUAUUACACCGAGCUCUACGUGUUCUUACUACUGGUGAUGAACAACCAGUUGCAACACUCGCUACUUCUGGGUCAGCAACUGUCAAUGGAUCUGAUUCAGUUUCUGGUUUCGACUCAAUCGACCAAUCUUUUAAACAUAGCUUGGGAGAUAUCGAUGCACAUACGAUUGCUAUGGCAUCUAUCAGCCUUGGCGGUAAAGUACAAGAAGAACACCAACGACUGCGUGAUGUGAUUGUUUCUUAUUACAGGACACUUCACAAAAACCGUCGUAGUCCUUUGGAAGUCGGUGAUGAUUAUGAUCGUUUACGGGAAAGUCUUGUACAAACUGAAUUAUUUCUGAUGCGACUGUUAGCUUAUCACGUUCGUCGUCCCUCUCUACCACAUCCAUAUCUAGUUCAUUAUCUUCAUUCAUUACUCCAUUGGGUUGGUAAAGGUAUAGCACAGCCAUGCGGGUCCGAUUUGAACGCUGGUGGAAAUUCAGUAAAUGCUUCUGCAAUUGCAUUAGCACGACUUCCUGGUUUGGCUUGGUCAAUACUGGCGGAUUCUUACCAGUCAGCUAUGUGUUUAGAUUUCGCCCCAGAGCAUAUCGCUGCAGCCGUACUGCAUUUAGCUUUACGGAUUGCUGGUGUUGAAAUACCUGGUAAUCGACACUCUGAAAUGGCCUGGUGGCAGGCUAUUUCAGAUAGUUUGUCCCGUGAAAUAGUUGAACAAAUCCAACUUCGAGUAAUGGAUAUUUAUGCAGUGGAUGAUAAAUUUAAAGCCAGUACACUUAAUCGUUUCACUGAUGAAUUUUGA